CAACAAGUUGGAUGAGGAGACAACGACGAAUUCAAGCAAGCAAGUUUCAGAAUCAGAUUCAUGUGGCAGUAAAGAUCCGAUAUUUCCAGUCAAUCCAAGUCCCUUGUUAAACAGCUAUGAAACCCCUACAACUGACUCACCACAACUGCAGCUGAAAAGUUACAAAAAGAAGGGUUAUUCUGUAGCAAUCAGUAAUGGGAGUCUCUGUGAAUGCACUAGUGAGAAAGGUGUGGUCAUGAUGGACAAUGGAACUACGUUUUCCAUCGCUAUAACAAAUAGCAAUGAUUAUGCUGCGGAGGUGGACAUAACAUUUGGGGGAAGGUACCUUGGGUUUUGGAGUGUAGAUGCACAGCAGACUAACCCUCUGAUUAUAGAAGGUUCUGCUUGGGAGAAGGGCAAGCUGACAUUCACCAGUGAUUCACCUGAAUGUAUGCCAUCUUCAAAAGCUAAUCCAGUUGACAGUGUUGAGUCCAAUGGUAAAAUCGAACUGGAAUUCAAGCCUGAGGCAAUGGCACUCUUUGUACAGCAUGUAAGAUCUGACAAAAAGCAUGAAGUUUUGUUGACUGGUUUCAAGGAAGCAACUGUUGAUGACCUGAAAGAAGAGAUCAACAGAACACUGUGGGAACGCCUCGGAAUUGUCUCAUGUUUGAUAAGAAAUGGAAAAGUACUAGAAGAGCAAACUUCUGUAAGAUCUUGCUCAUUAAAAGAUGGUGACAUUAUCCAAGUGCUUACCAAUGAAGAGCCAAUGUCAAUCGCGCCUCUGGGCUUGGAUGCCUUUACCAUCAGGGUUGACCCUCGUCAUGACUCUUGUAAAAGAGUGAUGGAUGCAAUUGCAGAAAAAAUGAGUGUACCCAUAAAGAAACAACGACUUCAGCUCAAUGGGGAAGAUUUAAAAGAGACAGACUCCCUGGCAACAAUGUUUUUAAAAUCAAAAAAGCCAGUUAUUAAGGUUGUGACAGACAUGAAUAUCAACAUCAUUGUACACUUGCCCAGUCAGGAGGUAAAGAAGAUUUCGAUAGCCUGGUUUGCAACAGUGAAUGAACUUAAGAAAGAACUUCAAAUACCACAGACUGAUGCCAUAUUAAAACUAGAUAACAAAGAGAUUUGUGGCAGUGGUUCCAAACAGCUGAUUGACCUGGGCAUGAAGAAUGGUUCAGAGGUUACAGUUGUGAGUGCUCAGCAGAAAGAAAAUCGAGCACCAGCCACUCAUAGGGGAGUCAAACUCAGCUCUCUGGGAAAACCAGGCACAACACGGGGAUUUGGAGGAUUUGGUGACUUUGAAUUUCACGCUCCAGUAUCAAACACUCGAGGUUUUUCGUCAGAAUCUCGUGCUUCAUCGGACCCUUUAGGAGAAUGUGAGAAUUCAGAUGAUAUGGAGGAGGAUGACCCAAUGACCAUCCGACAGAAUGACCUUCCGGCAGGUUUAAGGGAGGGAAUGUGCGUUCUCCGAGGGGAAGAGCUUUUUGCUAACCAAUUCCAACUGGAUACCCUGGAAAGAAAGUUCUCAAAGGAUAAGCUUAAGGCGAUUACUCUCAUUAUCCAGCUGUGUUCUAGAAGUACUGUGGGAGCUUACCCUGAGUCAUGAGCGUCAGUGACGUCAGCAACUCAUUGCUGUGGAGCAGAGACUGGAGCAGAGGGACCCUUGUCAACUGCUUGCUCAUAGCUUGCUUUCUUUUCUACGACGUGCAACAUGCGUCCGGGGAAAUGGUGGGGAGGGGAGGGGGGGGGUUCUCCAUAUAUAUUAAUAAGCCAUAUGGGUAUGUGCCGCUGUGAAGGGUAUGCUUUUAAUCUUAAUCAUCAUUUAUACACGGUAAAAUUCAUCAGGUACAAUAAAUUCCAAUAAAAUGUCUAAGAUCCUAAACCUAGAAUUCUAAUCGUAAUAUUAUAUUAACGUACAACAAUAUUCUACUUUUUGACCUGAUUUCCAUGAAUGCCGUGUGUUUAAAAAUUAUGACAGAGAAAGCAUUUAAAUUGAUUUAAUGAACCAAACUCUGUUACAGGGUAAGCUGUUCCAAAGAGUUGCGCCGCUGUAACUAAAACUAUUUUUCAUGUUGUUAGUUCUCGGAAAGGGAGCAACAAGUUUGUUAACCGAGUCCCUCAGAACAUAAUUUGAUUCAUUGCGCGUUACAUAUUUAGGAGUGAGAUAUUCGGGAACCAGACCGUUUAAAGACUUAACAACCAUUACGGCUUUCUGAAUUUGACGUUGAGAUUGCAAGUCUUUGCAGUUGAGUUGUGAAACAAGGAAUCUACUUCAGCGUCCGAUGAAGUUAUUACUCGUUUUGUAGUUUUUGUAGCUUGUUAGAUAAUGUUUUGCCACAAUUAUCCCUGACUAGGCUGCAGUAAACAGCUAGUUUUCUGGCUGUCUGGGAUAGGGUAUAGAAAUCCGACAAUUUGUCUAGAAUGAGGUAUAAUUUACCGGAAAAGUGGCCAGUGUAUAGAUAAUUUAGUGUAGAACAGGGUUCUUUAUCUGGGGUUCUAUAAUAGAAAUUGAAACUUGGCAGUGAGUUGUAAGAUAUUGGUUUAUUUAAUGUAUGUUGGGCUACGGCAAUGGUAGUUUCUGCAUGGAAAAUAGCGAGUCUGGGAUAGGGUAGGGGUUUUUGGUGCCUAGUCUAGAAUAGGGUUGCAAAAUCAAGCUGAUCAUGGUCUAGUAUAGGGUAAGGGUUUCAGUGAUUUGCAGAGUACCCCCAGGGAACAUGCGCAACAAGUUUUCGUUACAUUGUUCGAUAAACAAACAGGGUGAUCGAUAGCGAGUACUCUAUUCGAAAGUUAAAAUGCCUUCAAAAAGUGUUAGAAACGCGCUUAAGAGUACUUCGUAGCGAUAACCGCAUACCGAUAAACGCGCGGACUAAGUCAAUCCUCGGACAAGGAAUUCAGAUCAAGGAAGGUCAAAUGCACAAUGAAAUAUACACGAGUUGCAAGCUUUACAUAACGCCUGUGACAAAGCGAAACUCUUUCCUUUCCUCGAUCGGGGGUCGCUUAGUUUAGAACGCCAGUAAUAGUUUUAUACCUCCAAUUGAACUGAAAGGUAUUUGGUCUGUGGCCUUGUUCAUUCAUUCUGUUUAUUUGCCUUUUUACCUAAUAUAGUAAUUAUUCAUAAAUAUUUCAAUGUAUGGCGAGGUGAGCUCUAGAAACCACCGGGCUUUUAGUUGAGGCCACCUGGUACGUAACAAUACGGUUACAUAAAUAUAGCCUGCAGAACAGGCGUG